AUGGACAUCACAAUUAUAUCAAAAGAAACAAUAAAACCAUCAUUGCCAACACCAAAUGAACACAAAUUCUUCAAACUCUGUCUUUUUGAUCAGCUUCAAUUGAUCACCUAUUUACCAAUGGUUUUGUUUUACCCCAAAAAAGAAGGCCACUCAGAAAUCUCCCACAUCAUUACUCAAUUAAAAAAAUCACUUUCUGAAACACUAACAAUUUUCUACCCUGUAGCAGGAAGAAGAAAAGAUCACACCUUUAUCACUUGUAAUGAUGAAGGUGCUGUUUUCUUGGAAGCCAAGGUAAACCAUACCAUGGUUGAAUUUCUAACACCACCUAAGCUAGAAUAUCUGAAUAAAUUGCUUCCAUGUGAGCCUAAUAAAAUGCAUUCAUAUGAUGAAGAUUUACCACAAGUACUUGUUCAAGUUAACAUUUUUAAUUGUGGUGGAAUAGCUAUAGGUACUUGUAAUUUACAUACACUCCUUGAUGGUUGUUCAGGCAGCCUCUUCCAAACAACUUGGACCGCCAUUUGUCGCGGUUGUAACGAUGAUUUACCGCGGCCUGAUUUAUUUUCAGCCUCUUCUUUCUUUCCACCAUUAAAUAAUUUGAAUUUGCAUGACCAUGUUGGUAAGAAAAAAAAUAAUGAGGUCUUAGAUGGACAAAAGAAAUGUAGCACAAGAAGAUUUUUGUUUGGUUUAGAAUCCAUCAACAUUCUAAGAUAUAAAGCAAAAGAGGAUGAUGAAAGUUUUAAGUUUCCUACAAGAUAUGAAGCAUUGGCUGCUUUUAUUUGGAAACACAUGACACUUGCAUGCAAGAUGGAAGAAUUUGAAGAUAUCAAAAGACCAUCUUUGGCUAUGCAUAUUCUUGACAUGAGGAGAAGGAUGGGUGAGCCUUUUUCUAGAUACACUAUAGGAAACAUUUUGUGGCCAGUGAUGGUGUUUUGUGAAACAAUUGAUGAAGAAACUGAUAUUAAGUAUUUGGUUAAAAUUUGUAAGGAGAAAUUUGGGAAAAUUUCAAGGGAAUUGUUUGUAAGAGUGAAGAAUGGUCCAAGUAUGUUAGGGAGCAAUGAAUGUGUGGAUUUGCCUCAAGGUGUGGAAAAUAGAAGUCCAAUUCCAGUUGUUUUGACAAGUUGGUGUGGUUUGAAUUUUAGUGAGCUUGAUUUUGGUUGGGGGAAGCCUUUGUGGGGUGGUGUUAGAGGUGGUGAUCAAGAAACUCUUCCUAAUGUGGCUGUUAUUAUGGAAACUCAUCAAGGCAUGGAAGCUUGGUUCACAAUGGAAAUACAACAUAUAGCUAAUUUGGAAAAUGAUAUUGAGUUUCUUAGAUUUGCUUUGCCUAACCCCUCUGUUUCAAACAUUUACUUAUAA